UGUGUGCGUGUGCGCGCAUAUAGGUGGCUCGUCGCGAAAUAUAGUAGCAGCCAUCUUAUAUUUUGUGUCGGAGAAAAACAAUUUGGCCAUACAAAUGUUUCGCGAUUGCCCGUGAAGCCGCACGACGACCGGGGGAGGCGCGCGCUCUGAUGAGGCGCGACGUUUUUCGACCCUAGACCCGGAUUACUACAUUAAGCAAAGGUGGAUUGGUACGCAGGAUAUGAGCAGUUUGUCAAGCGCAACCUGACUCUGCUCCCCCAUCAGCAAGCAGUUCAGCAGCAGGACGAGCAGUCUCAGCAGCUGGCUCAAGCACAGCAGACCGACAUAAUGACAUCCAUGUUCGAGCAACAGAUCAAGAGUGAGCCUAUGGGGUUCUACUCUGUUGCCUCCAGUCGUUCGGACGGAUCCAACUCCAUGGUGAAUCUGUCCGACGACAGGGAGGAGCUCUCCCAGCAGGAGAGUCAUCUGCAGCCCCAACAGCAGCAGACGUUGCAGCUGAGCCAACAGCAGCAAGGUCAGCAGCAGCAGGUUCAGCAGCAGCAGAAUCAACAACAGACACAACAGAGUCAGCAGCAGCAGCAGCAGCAGCAGCAGCAGCAGCAGCAGCAGAGUCAGGGUAUGCAGCAGCAGGAGCCACCUAGUCGUCAGUCUACGGGACAGCAAACUGUAAAAGAGGGCUCGCGGUCCAAACCUCAGCCAUGCAAGGUCUGCGGCAAGGUACUAUCCUCAGCUUCUUCCUAUUAUGUGCACAUGAAGCUCCACUCGGGGAACAAGCCCUACCAUUGUACAGUAUGCGAGGCGAGCUUUUGCCGCAAACCUUAUCUGGAAGUGCACAUGAGGACGCACACGGGCGAGCGACCCUUUCAAUGUGAGCUGUGCUUGAAGAGGUUUACUCAGAAGAGCAGUCUCAAUACUCACAAGCGAGUACACACGGGGGAGCGGCCGUACGCCUGCGACAUUUGCCAGAAGCGCUUUGCCGUCAAGAGCUAUGUCACCGCGCACCGCUGGAGCCACGUGGCUGAGAAGCCGUUGGUCUGCGAGCGAUGUUCCCUUACGUUCACGUCCAAGAGCCAGUUUGCGAUUCACAUCCGCACACACACCGCCAGCACCACUUACGAGUGCAAUAUCUGCGGACGUACGUUCGUACGCGACAGUUAUCUCAUACGGCAUCAGAAUCGCGUGCACCGCGACAUGAACCAGGGUAACACGAAUCACAAUCCGUCGACGCCGCAGAGCACAGGCGGCGGCGGCGGCGGCGGAAACGGUGGUGGCGGCGGUGGCGGCGGCGGCGGUAGUGGUGGCGGCGGCGGCGGCGGCACGCCGGGUACCGGCUUCGAGAGUCCGGUCUGUGAUCUGCGCUACAGCGAGGGACCAUCGUCGUUGGACGGCCUCGCGACAGCCAAGGGCGGCAUCGCCGCGGAGAUCGCCAGUUUAGCCAAGCAGAACAAUCUGCAGCUUCCUCUGCCGCUGCUGCACCCGCAGACCACCAACUAGUGUUUAGACGGCAGCAGUGCCUCCCAGUCCCUGCCGUCGCACCAGUCACCGCAGCAAGUAGUAUGUCCCACCUCGGCGCCAUCGCCGUAUACACUUAACUCACCUAUGUCUCACGAGCACACCACACCGCAGAGUGUCUACCAAACGACGGGCUCCUCCUUGGACAGCCCCAACUCCCAACUCUAUCCGCACUUGUCGUCCCCGUCUCUAGACCCAUCGGAGUCGCAGCAUCAUUCGCAUCAGCUGCAUCGCGGUAUCCCUCCGCCAGGGCUUCACCCCGCGCUCUAUCUCUACGCUCAGUACUCGAAUACGAGCCCCACGAUCUCAUACUCGGAGUACAUGCAGCGUAACAAUUGAACGAACGCGAGUUUUCACCUAGCAUCGUCCUAAGAUCACUUCUCAACAACCGAAAGCGAGACGGGUAUAACCGGUGCUAUUUAAUCGCGGUGUUCGAUCAAAGUGCCUACCGGAGUGUCCACUUCCGGAUCGUAACAAUGGAUGCUCCAUACGUCACACGAUUUAGGGAUAUGCUUUCGGUUUUGGUCCACGGGAAGGGUACGAUGAUGUGCAGCUGAUCAAUCGUUGAUCGAUUUGUUGCUCGCGGCAAUACGCUCACCAACACACCUUGUGUCCAUCUAAUGGAUUUUAUAUACUCACGAAAUAUCUUUUAAUCACGAGAUUAAAUAGCACCUGCCUGAGGCGCGGCUUUUUAAUCAUCAUCAUCGUCGACAAGAUUGUGCCGGCGCGAGGAUAUAGACGUGACGUCCCGAGUGAUCGAUCGCUAAUCGUAUAUCGCUGGCGCGAUGCUAGUCGAAACCGAAGCGUGACGUUUUCACGGAGUCUUUAGCAGUUUCAGCACACUCUUGUGUUUCGUCUGGUUUUAAUCACGUCUCUGCGAGCAUACAUAUACAUAUAUAUAUAUGUGUGUAUAUAUAUUGUGCGAAUCACAUUGCAACACGUACACAUAUUUAUAUUAUAUUUUUAAAGGAGUUUAGUCACUUGAAUCUGUGAUAUAGAUAGUAAUUAUUAUCUACAACGUUUAAACUAUUGGUUUACUAUUUUGAUGGAUAUCAAAACAAUGGAGAGAAGAAAAAGCAAUGUCACGGAGCGAACGUCAGAAAUUUUACCGACACUGGUCUCUACCGAAGGUGUGUGUUUGGUAGACACCCUACUAUUAAUUUUACUACAAAACAACAAUAACACUAUAUACCGCGCUGAUGCUACUACUAUCACUACUACUACUCUAACUAAGUACUCACCACGUCUAUCACCACCACCACCACCGACAUUUCCCCAAACUAUAUAUUACUAUCACUAUUAUUACUAUACUCUACUACUAUCACCACUACUAUUACUACCGCUAUUAUGUACUACUAUUAAUACUAAAAAAAUUAUUACCAUCGUUAUUGCUAAAACACACGCGAACAAACACACGUACAUGAAACAUACACACGCACAUACACAAGGACACACACGCGAGAGCGCGCGUUUAUUUUGGCACACCACGUGCGGCGCAUACGACUACGGUCCGUCAUAUAGCCGUCAUGGUUUCUCUUUAGCUUGAGAAUGCUACGAGAAUUCUCUAUUUCCUCCAGUUUUUUCUUGAAAUCGUAGAGCGUUUUAUCCUCUCGCAACACGGACGUGCAGCUCGUCGCGACGAGCUGCCCGUGCUCGUGAUAGGAGUCACUCCUUACGGAGGAUAGUUCACACGCAGCUUCGAGAAUCAGUUCCAUAGUUGUACUUACUUUCCACAUAUCGAGGUGUACUCUACACAGAUAUAUAUAUUGUAUAUACAUAUACGUAUGGCGUACGGAGAUGUGUAAUAUAAAAGCGGAAGUAGGAGGACGCACGUCCUACGUAAAAGUUAUACCACGUAAAAGGCGCAAUAGGCUGUUGACUCUUCGAGUCGGGGAUCGAAACCGGUCUAGCGAUCGGUGAGUUUACAUUUCGAUGUUUCCAAGUGUCAAGAACAGAUCUCUGUGAUGAAUCUUCGUGACAAAAGGAUCGCGACGUGAUUUGCGAAUCUGUUUCUCCGUUUGUGCUUGUAAAAUGGAAAGUUCAACUCGCCGAGAUCCAGGCGGGCGGCCUCGGUGCCCGCCUCGAGCACUAUUAGUUGUUAGUUUUAUUAUUACCUCCUGUUAAUUAAUGCCACAAGCUUUGUUGCAAGCGCGGGGGAACCAUGACAACCGCGCGUAAAGCUGCGAAUUAGCUUCUGAAAAGUGUACAUCUCAUACGCGAUCAUGCGCUUUUAAAUAAUUGAUUCUAAGGUAGUUGCUGAACCACGUGCUGAACGCAACUCACCCACAUUAAUUAUACGUUAAGUAUGCGAGAUCGCGUUAUAGAGCUACGAAGGUACACACAAAUUGAACAGAAAAGAUAACUAUAUAUAUUUGCACUAAGCGUGCCUCGAACCCCUUUAUUGUGGUUCUCUUUUCUCCUUCUCUUUCUCUCUUUCUUUCUUUCUUUCUUUCUUACUCUCUUACUGUAUCGGCGAUUUUUCAUUUUCGCGUCGUGAAAUGAUCAAAAUGAUCCUGCGCGUAUAUGCCUGAGGCUUUCGAUUUAAAAGGGAUACGAAGUCACCUGGGUAAGACUGAUUUUUAUUGUUACGGACUGUGAAACGUUUACUCUCUUUCUCUUUCGUCUCUUCUCUUCCCUUUCUUUUUCUUUUCUUCGUUUUGUUCUUUCUCUCUCUCGCUUUCUCCUUCAUUCCUUCUUCCACUCUCUUUCUACUCUCUUUCCCCUUUCUAAUUUCUAUUUGCAUUACGAAGGUGUGUGUAAACGCACCGAAAGGAGGCAGUAAUGCGAUAGAGUCUUUUAAGAAGAGCCGCGUAAACGCACGUUCUUGUUGACGAUUAGCUGAAUUAAUUGACCGGACAGUUGAUUAACUUUGUCCGUCGUUUCAUUAAUUAACAUGAUGAAUUAACCGAAUGAUGAUUAACGCGUUGAUUAAAGUUAAAUAGGCGAUCAAUUAGAUUGAUCGUGCGCGCAGAGAGAGAGGGUGAACUCGCGCGAAUGUGCAAUUUUUGGUUCACCACCAAUCGGGAAACGUGGUGCAAUGGGAGAAAGCAAUUGAUCUUUUUGCCGGCUAGUCAUUGGGCAGCUCUACACGAGAUAUUAAUUGUACUACAAAGCUGUGAUUAAAGCCUCCAUGCAUAUGACCGCGCAGCUCCUAAUUAUAGUGAUAUGUAUAUUUUUUAGCUUAUUAUGAAUGUUUAAGUAAAAAUAGGUAGCUUUAGGAAUACCUAAAAGAAAUUUGCAGUUCCGGUCGAUCGGUUAAUUGUUCUUUUCGAUCUCUCAUGUUUUUUUGUUUCUUUCUUAUUUUUCUUCGUUUUAAGCGUACUCUUUCACAGUGUUGGGCAAAGGCACACGUUUAGAUACCGUAGGUUAUCGUUUGGCGACGAUAAUUGUGUGUGUAUGUGCGUGCGUGCGUGCGUGUUUGUGUGUAUGUAUGGUUGAGUAUUUAAAAAGAAUUGAACGAAUGCGCGCGAGCGCGGUUUUACGUUUUGUGAAUUUUCUUUCUCUUUUUUUUUAACGAUUAGUGUACUGUUUGAAAUAGAUGCUCGUUGUCGGGCUACUUACUUCAACGAUAUACUUUAGUUUCGUUACACGCGUCGAAAUUCGAUAGUAUGGCGAAUUGCCAGUCGGCUUCGUUGUUUUUAUGCUGCACAUAAUUUAUUGCAAAUUCUCGAGGACGUUUUAUUUCGUGCGCUACUUAAAAGUAGCUGCGUAGAGAUAACGUGCAGACUAAAAUUCUUUUUAAUCGAGGAAACUUUAGAGUUCGUUUAUACGUUUCUGAUAAAACGUCGAGGAUGGAAUUGCACAAAACGAGAGACGGCUGCUUUUAAGAGGAAUUUUCUCGUCUGGGAGAAGUUAAUUUCGCGCGAAGGGAAGGGUUCACACUCGUGCUAAUGACAGCAAUUCCCGAUGUCUUAGAGUUUCGAGCCGUAAAUUUAAUUCAGGAACGAUCGUAGCCAGUACAUCGGCGUACUAAGAGGUUACUGUAGUGAGAUUUUAGCUGUGUUAUUCAAUACUUAGUAUACGUGCUAUUUCAGACAGUAUAUAUCGCAUAUAUACGUAUAGGCUGUAUGUAUAUUUUUAGGGUUGCCCAGCACUGGUCUAAUCGCGAGCACUUCCGAAUCGUUAGAUAACGAUCUCAUCGACAACACCGACCUUUUAUUUUUCGCGGACGUAUCUUCGAGUUCUAGUAUUCGUGGCAUGUAUAUCAAAAAGUAACACGUGUAUUUUUGUAAGAAGGGAGGGAAGGAUAGGUCCUCUCUUCGAACAAAAAAAAAGCACUCGUCGGACCAAUAACGUAUGUACAUAUAAGAAGUAAUAAAAAGAAAAAAAGAAGAGGGAAAAAGACGUUAUAUACGUGGCGCUUCUAAAGCGCAUGUACGUCUACGAGUACUAAUAUUUGUUGUACGCGGAUACGCGAACGCGAGAUGCACAUUUCUUCAUUCAUUCAUUUUUUAGUUUGUUUCUUCCUUUUCGUUGAUAUACUCUAGAUGAGCCUUCCUUCGCAAUCGUCUAACUACCGGACGGGUUUUCAAAUCUUUCUUGCUUCCUUCCUCUCCUUCACAAGUGCAAGAGAUCUUUUUCAAUCCGAGCUAGCAUCGACAACAAUCUCUCGUGUUUUAUUUUCUUCGUGCAAGGAAUUAAAUUCGAUAGGAGGA